AUGGGUGAGAAGCAGGAAUGGCUCCCGCGGAUGGACGAUGAGAAGCUCUCUGUCCGCGCCACUGCACGUCUCGCCGGGGUGCAGCCUGUCAGCGUCCGCCGGUGGAUAAGGGCGGCGGAUCGGAUUAAGAAGGCGGCACCGUCCAGGCGCCGACUCAACGUGCACGUCGCCCCUGAGGUGGAGGAGUGGGUGAACCCACUGUUCGCCACAGCCGCGGAGGAUGAGGAGGCGGCAAAGGCUGCGGAUGCUGAGGAUGCCGGGGACUUGGAGGAGGAGGAGGAGGAGAAGGAGGAGGAGGAGGAGGAGGAGGAGGAGGAGGAGGAGGAGGAGGAGGAGGAGGAGGAGGAGGAGGAGGAGGAGGAGGAGGAGGAGGAGGAGGUGGAGGAGGAGGAGGACGAUGUGGAUGACGAGGAAGAGGAGGCGGAGGGUGGGCUGGAGGAGGAUGCGAACGCUAAGUGCUUGAUGGAAUCUAACAUGACCAAGCCGUAG